UUAAUAAAGCGGAAAAAUAAUAUACAUAUAUAUAAAUAAAGUAUAGCGGUUUACUUUAAUUUUUUCCCCAUUUUUUCUAUUAGGGGCGUAAGCUCUGGCUCUAGAGGUUUUUAGAUAUCCGUUUUCGAACGAGAUGAUACGAGCUUGUGUCCAAAUCACAAACCGCAGAUUGUGUAAAUUUACAAAUCCAAAAAAUUUAUAUAAUUUAUGAACAGCCAAAUGGUAAAACUUAGAAUGUGUAGUGUUGAAGGUGCAGUGCAAUGAGCUGUUCGUUAAACGGAUGCUGGCGAUGCUAUUUUUCUUAGCUUUUAUUCAAACUCAUACAGCAACACAAUAGACGGUCCUAAUCACGGCAGCUUUCAUUUAGAAUAACGUUUUCCAAAAUGGGAAUAUAUCCAUUUUUUUCGUCAACAAAUUGGGCAGAAAUACUACUUAUAGUUUAUCCCAAUGCAAAUAAUUUCUUUAAAUCUCUUUAUUUUUCUUAAUUUUUAGCAGCAACAAAUCGCAAUAGAUCGGUUCAAUUUUCUUAUCAUUUAGAAUAACGUUUUCCAAAAUGGGAAUGUAUCCAUUUUUUUCGUCAACAAAUUGGGCAGAAAUACUAGUUAUAGUUUAUCUCAAUGCAAAUAAUUUCUUUAAAUCUCUUUAUUUUUCUCAAUUUUUAGCAGCAACAAAUCGCAAUAGAUCGGUUCAAUUUUCUUAUCAUCCAUGGGAGAAUAUUUGCAAAAAAUCAAGCACGAAAGAUGUGCAGGACUUAUUUAUUUUUUCAUUCCUCCUUUUUUAUGUGCUAUAGUAAAUAAUAUCGUAAAUAAAUGCGUAAUAAAAAGUAUUCAAACUAAUUUUGAACAUCGCGAAUUAUAUCAACUUGUCAUAUAUCUGAUUAUUGUGACAAAGCUUCAUUUAUCAAACACGAAGUUUUAUAAUCGUGUUAAUAUUUUGUCGUAAUUAGCAGAUCUCAAUAAAAAAAACAGUUAAGAUGAUAUCAAAAUAGAUCAACUAUACAAAAUUAGUGAACAGAAUUUAUUUAAUUAAAUGCAGAAAGUAUUAUUUUCUAAAGCAACAAAGCACUUUAUACAACAGCACUAUAUUUAGUAUAUACUUCCCCUCUUCGAAAAUGCGAUGCAAUUGACGAAGAUCUGCUAUCUAGUAAUAGAAAUAGUGCCACGCCAGCACUUGCCUUCACUUCCAGCGCCAAAAUUCAUCAACAGUACUCAUAACAAGAGCUUUAACAUCAUAGAAGUGGACAUACAAUGAAGACUUUACAAUCGCGCAACGUAAUGUAUAGUAGUCGUGAUUGGCGUUCGGCAUUGCGCACUCCACCCACAUAUCGUAUUGGCAACCGCACCGUACGUUUCAAUUAUCACAUUGCAUUGAUACUGGUCGGCGUUUUUACUUUAUUCAUAUUGUUUUAUUAUAUGCGUCUUAGUUCAUCAUCUUCGUCGGAUGCGGCUUGGUUAAAAAAUUAUGCCAGCUCGACUAGCAACCAUCGGAGUAGUGGGGGCGUUGACACUGGUAACACUAUUGUUGUAGAGGAAUUCAGUUCCUAUAAUAGCACAUACCCUUUGACGCCACCAAUAAAUGUCCGGCCGGGAGUGUUUAACUUUCGUAUUGCUAUGGUAGCUGAUUUGGAUACGAAUGCUAAGGUGGCAGGCGCCAGUACUAACGCUGUUUGGCGUAGCUAUCUCAAAAAAGGCUAUUUAACUUAUAGUAGCGGCAAAGAUGAUAUCAAAAUUACAUGGGAUUCUGGUGAUCCCAAAGUAUUGGAAUCUUGUUUUUCAUUAAAAGAACGCGGAAUGGAACUAUCUGAAUUGGUGACAUUUAAUGGUAGACUGCUAACAUUUGACGAUCGUACUGGUUUAAUAUACGAACUGAGUAAUGACAAAGCUACACCUUGGAUUAUAUUGCUGGAUGGCAAUGGUCACAAUACAAAAGGUUUCAAAUCGGAAUGGGCUACCGUCAAAGAUCGAGUUUUGUUUGUGGGUUCAAUGGGAAAAGAAUGGACUACUGGCGGUGGUGAAUAUGAAAACGACAAUCCAAUGUAUGUUAAGACCGUUACGCCAGCCGGUACGGUUUUAUCAGUAGACUGGUCUCAUAAUUAUAAACGGUUACGUCAAGUAGCAGCUGACAUUAUUUGGCCAGGUUAUAUGAUACACGAAAGUGGUGUAUGGUCAUCAGUGCACAAAAAAUGGUUUUUCCUCCCAAGGCGAUGUUCAAAAGAGCGAUACAACGAAACACGUGACGAAUAUAUGGGCUGUAAUUUACUUAUAACAGCCGAUGAUAAUUUUAACAGAAUUGAAACCGUUCCAUUGGACGCCAGCAAUACGCAACCAACUCAUGGUGUGUCCAGUUUCAAAUUUAUACCUUCUACCGAUGAUCGUAUCAUAGUUGCGUUACGUUCUCAUGAGUUAAAUGGCAAAACUAUGACAUUCAUUACAGCUUUUGAUAUUAACGGUAAGAUUCUGUUAGCUGAACAACAAGUCGUUGGUGAAUACAAAUAUGAAGGUUUCGAGUUUAUUUAAUCAAAUUGCGAACAAUUGAAAAUUGUGUAUUAAACGUGAAAUGCUUUUAUUAUAUUUGAUUUUUCUUUAUUUAUACAUUUAAUUAUAUUUGUUAUUUUCAAGUAUCUGCGUGUUGUAUACGUUGAAAGUUGAACAAAAAAGAUGUGAUUUUUUAUCUUUAUCAUUGAUCAGGAAAUGUGAGUAGACGUACAUAAUGUAAAGCUAAUGUUAGUUGCCCUAAAAGUUAUAUAUGUUACAUAUAUAGAACUCUGCUGGGAUUUGUUAAGAGGGGGUCUCGGAAUUUCAUUCUAAUCAAAUAUGUAAAUAUUUUGUAGGAUUUCUUGCGCUUGCAGUUAAAUGUUACGUUAUACGUCUACUGAAAUUCUAAUUUCAAACAGAUAUGACAUCAUUUUAGGCUCUCAUAAACCAUCUGGAAAAAAGCUUUGAAGCUUUAUACCCAACCGAGAUUGUCGGCUUUAGUGUGCGCACUAUCAUUGAAAGAUCGCAAACCAUAUAUUCUGCCAAAAACUUGAACAGCCGUUUUUGUUUUUAUGCUUUUUUGGUAUUUCGUCGUUUAAAAAUAGGUGUGGAGACUACAAACACAUGACAUGGUUUGUGAUCUACUUUUCAGCCUGUCACAGUGGGUUGGUAUUAGAAUAACAGAGCGUAGUGCGACCAUUUAAAAACAAAAUUUUUAAAACUUCAAACAAAUUACAAAAAGAAAGUGUAUAAUAAAUGAAAGAAAAAAUAAAUACAAUGUUUUGAUGUGAUUUUGUGGAAAAUCAACAAAGGUAGAAGUUAAAAAAAAAUUUUUUUUUUAUCAAUUUAUUUAUUAAUCAAUUUCAUUAGAAAGCCAUCA